UUCCGGUGUCAUGGCCGCCGCCUGCUGUCGGUGGCGGUUUUGGUUUUAACUCGGCUCCGGUCACGAUGUCAGCGGCGCUGACGGAGCGACAGGGAGUGGUGGGGGACCUGCAGCAGAAGCCCAAGGCCGAGCUGCUGGAGCUGCUGAGGCGGCAGAGAAAGCUUCAGGCCAAUCGGAAGUUUAUCCAGAACCUGCCAGACAAGGGUAAACGGAUUGCUGAGUUUAUAGAAAAACUAGAAGCAGCAAUUUCUCAGCAUGAAGAAGUGGAGCGAGCAACAGAAAUGCUUUCAGCUUUUAAACUGGAGUUUCAAAACCAACAGAAGGUGAUAACGUCUGACAAGGAGGAAAUCCUCCAUCUCAAGAGCACAUUGCCAACUCGAACACCAGGACAAGAAGUUGGAAACAAAUUGAAGGAUUGUAAUGAAGCUGAGAAAAGUGGAUAUGUUUUGUCACAAGAUGAUGGUGAAGCAACUAUAAACAGGGACAAAUUAAAUCAGGAGAGACCUGCAGUAUUUGAAAAAGAGCAUGCACCUUCUGGAUGCUACACAGCUAAGGGUAAGGGUACAACAAGAAAUGAGAACUCUCUGGACAACACAGAAUCCAAUCAGGGAACCAAGUAUGUAGAACAGGAAAGGAGCAGUCACAGCCAUUUCCAUGACAUUGCAAAUGACCUGGAAGCAGAUCUUGUCAACAGAGCUGAUUUGCUUAGUGAUAGGCUUGACAAAGUCAGUCUGACUGAUAAUGGAAAAGUAUCUUGUAAAAUCGAUGAUCCACCUUUAAACAAUAAUGUCAAAUUAAAGGCCAAUCCAUUUCAGACUUUGCACCAAGAAAAUAAAAGACCUCAUUACAUUGACAUACUGGAGCACAGGGCCAAGAAUCCAGUGAUGAAAAGAUCACAAUUUAAAACUAACCGCCCAAUAUUGGAAUCACCCAGUUCAUCUCCAGACCAAUCACCCGGCAGAUCUGAAUUAAAACUGUCUCCAGCAGAACGAAGGUUAAGGGACCGGAAACACCUGGAUGAUAUCACAGCUGCUAGAUUGCCUCCACUUUACCAUUCUCCUGCUCAACUACUGUCUGUGGAAGAGUCCAGAGAACUACAAAUAUCACAGAAGCAAAAGUAUGAGUCCACACAGGCCAAGUUAGCUGCGGCGAAACUAACACAAAGAUUGAAUAUUAAAAUGAUGAACUUUGACCCGGAAGGUACAACUGCGACAGCUUUUCGAGAAUAUAGGGAUCACGGAGGCAGUUCUUCAGAAGAAGACUUAAGCUGACGGCCCUCCUUCCAAACACGAAAGAUCAAUAGUUGUGCCUUAGUGGUGACAAUUGAGCGACUGAAAACCAGGCAUCCUAUCUAUGCAAACAUUCUUAUUGCAGCAUGUAACAUUAUUUUCAUACGUUUACAGAGGCUAAUGCUGGUCUCUUUAUUCUUGACGUUAUAAUUAAAUUAUACCAGUAUGUAUAUUAAUGAGAAGUCUUGUGCAGCGUGGAAGGUGAGUGACUGUUCCCUUUGCAUCAAUGUGGUCAGUUUCACUUUUUUAUACUAUUGCUGUACUGUACACUUUAUUAAUUCAAGAAGUAAACUAUUUUCAUAGUAUAAAAGGUAUAAUUAAAGUUGAAAAUGUUGAUUACUUAAAAGUGAAUAGCUGUUUUAAUUUGUGGUGUAAAAUGUUUAUGGAGGAAGAUGAUGUUGAUGUCAGUUAUUUCUGUCACUGCCUAUUGGUAAUGCAUUGUGUCACUAAAGCAAUAUUGUUUUAAAAAAGUGGGGAUAAGUUGCAACAUUCAAUAGUUUAUUUUCAUAGGCAUGUUUUACUAGGUGUUUAAUGGCCUGACCUGUUACAUUGAACUGACUCCUUUUUAGUGCAAUUUAGCUAGUUAUUAUAAUUAGCACAAAAUAUCUCAGAAUUUUAAGUGCAAUUUGUGUUCAACACAAUUCUAGAUUCUGUGAUCAGUUGCACCAGUUUUAAAAACCUCCUAGUGCAAGUAGGUCGAACUACAGUGAAUCAAUAACCAAUUUGUGUUUCUUCUCUUUGUGUGUAGUCUUUAGAUAAACGUUUUGAAGUUAAACAUUUAGUUGAACUUCAGUUUUGGUGCAAGACAUCUCCCUUAACACCUAACAGAUUAUUCAUCCCUCACUUGAAUAAACUCCAUGAUUAAACAUUCACUGACCAAAGAUUCAGAAAAAACCAUUAUCAAGUGAAGACAUUUUUUAAAAACUUUUUUUUGUCGGAAGUGGGCAAUCCUUUACUCUAAAACAAUGGUCCAUAGUUCUCAUUUCCCUGGAAAAUAUUUUCCAAGAAUUAUUGAUUCCCCUUAAGAGUUGUGUUUCUGUGAGACCACCUCUCUCUUUCUCCCCCCCCCCCCCCCCAGUUAACUUAUUUAUUUGCAUAUUUAAAAUGUUGUAUAGUAAUAGAUAUGCAAAUUUGCUUGAGCAGGAACUCGAGGGAAACAUUUUCAAAAUGGGUGCAGAAUUGUGCUGGAAACAGUAAUUGUGCCCAAAGUGCAAACUGUGCCUGUGUAUCUUGCCAUCCCAUAUAAUUGUAUGGCAUGAAAGAAUUAGAGAUUUGGAACAACUCUUAUGUAUAACAUUCUUUACAAUCCUCUAUUUAAAACUCUUUGGCAACAAGCUGAAACCUUCCUUCAUUAUAUGAUGUAAAUUCCAUCUAUAAGCUUGGAAGCAAAUUUAUUUUGACAUUAUCUUUGUUCCAUCUGUGUUGUUAUUUGUGGUCUUAAAAAAAAUCUACUUAAACUAAUCAUGUCCAUACCUUAGCUUGGACGGAUUGAGCCAGUCUGUUAGCAGAAGCAGCCUGUUUUAAUAAAAUGAAGAAGUGUCCAGCUGAUAUUUGGAAUCAAAUCCCAGAAAGAGAAUUGGUACCUUCAGAAAGAGCAGAGGAAAGGUUAUCUAUUACUAAAUAGUUUCCUUAAAAGUAACUAGGAGAGUAGUAAUUCCUUUAGAUGAUGACUGCAUUCAAAUUGAAAUAUUUUAAUGAUUAAGUCACACAGCACAGAAACAGACCAUUAGGUUCAAUUUGUCCAUGCUGACAAAGGUUCCCAAACUAAACUAGUCCCACUUUCCUGUACUUGACCCAUAUCCCUCCUAAACCUGUCCUAUUCAUGUACCUGUCGAAAUGUCUUUGAAAUGUUAUAAUUGUACCUGCCUUUACCACUUUGCCUGGCAGCUCAUUCCACGUAUGAACCACGCUCAGGUCCCUUCAAAUUUCUUUUCUCAUCUCUCCUUAAAAAUAUGGCCCCUAGUUUUGAACACUCUUCCCAUUCGAAAGCACCUUGUGGUAUUCACUUUAUCUAGGUCCUUCAUGUCCAUCUCUAUGGUCACCCCUCAACUUCCUGCACUCCAGUGAAUAGAAGUCCCAGCCUUUCCUUAUAAACUCAACUUUCCUGUCCGGCAAUAUCCUUGUAAAUAAUUUCUGAAUCUGCUCAAUUUAAUAAUAAUCUUCCAAUAGCUAUGCAACAAGAAGUAUUCCAGAAAUGGCCUCACCAAUGUUUUUGCAUUGUUGCUAACACACCAUUCAUGUCAGGAGAUGAUAUUGUGAUUUUUUUUUAAUAUAUA